UUCCUGCUCACACCCGGGCGCAGGAGAGAAGCUCUCGGGACGCUUUCUGAAGAGUUUCUGGGUUUUGGGGUCUCCGUGCAAACCCAAAGCAGCUCCAGUGCCCAGGGCGGGUUCGCGAUGCGGCCAGGACCGACAGGCGGCGCGCUACUGCGGCUGGUGUUAGUGCUCAGUCAAGGCAUUUUAAACUGUUGUGUGGCGUACAAUGUGGGUCUCCCAGAAGCAAAGAUAUUUUCCGGUCCUUCAAGUGAACAGUUUGGCUAUGCGGUGCAGCAGUUUAUAAAUCCAAAAGGCAACUGGUUACUGGUUGGUUCACCUUGGAGUGGUUUUCCUGAGAACCGAAUGGGAGAUGUGUAUAAAUGCCCUGUUGAUCUGUCCACUGCUACAUGUGAAAAACUGAAUUUGCAAAGUUCCACAAGCAUUUCCAAUGUUACUGAGAUGAAAACCAACAUGAGCCUUGGCUUGACACUGACAAGGAACAUGGGAACCAGAGGAUUUCUUACCUGUGGUCCCCUGUGGGCACAGCAGUGUGGAAGUCAGUAUUACACAACUGGGCUUUGUUCCGACGUCAGUCCCGAUUUUAAGCUCCUGACCAGCUUUUCACCUGCAAUUCAGACCUGCCCUUCCUUCAUAGAUGUUGUGGUUGUAUGUGAUGAAUCAAACAGUAUUUAUCCCUGGGAUGCAGUAAAGAAUUUUUUGGAAAAAUUUGUACAAGGCCUGGAUAUAGGCCCCACAAAGACACAGGUGGGGUUAAUUCAAUAUGCCAAUAAUCCAAGAGUUGUGUUUAAUCUGAAUACUUUUAAAACCAAAGCGGAAAUGAUUAGAGCAACGUCCCAGACGUCCCAGUAUGGCGGAGACCUCACAAAUACAUUCAAAGCAAUUCAAUACGCAAGAGAUUCCGCGUAUUCAGCAGCUGCUGGUGGACGACCAGGUGCUACCAAAGUGAUGGUGGUUGUGACUGAUGGUGAAUCCCAUGAUGGUUCAAUGUUGAAAGCUGUGAUUGAUCAAUGUAACAAUGACAACAUACUGAGGUUUGGCAUAGCAGUUCUUGGUUACUUAAACAGAAAUGCCCUUGAUACUAAAAAUUUAAUAAAAGAAAUUAAAGCAAUUGCCAGUAUUCCAACAGAAAGAUAUUUUUUCAAUGUCUCUGAUGAAGCAGCUCUACUAGAAAAGGCUGGGACAUUAGGAGAACAGAUUUUCAGCAUUGAAGGUACCGUCCAAGGCGGAGACAACUUCCAGAUGGAGAUGUCACAAGUGGGAUUCAGCGCAGAUUACUCUCCUCAAAAUGAUAUUCUGAUGCUGGGUGCCGUAGGAGCUUACGACUGGAGUGGGACGGUUGUCCAGCAGACACCUCACGGGCAUUUGAUCUUCCCUAAGCAAGCCUUUGACCAAAUUCUGCACGACAGAAAUCACAGUUCAUAUUUAGGUUACUCUGUGGCUUCGAUUUCUACUAGGAAAAGUGUCCACUUUGUUGCUGGUGCUCCUCGGGCAAAUUAUACCGGCCUGAUAGUGCUGUACAGUGUUAAUGAGAAUGGCAACGUCACAGUUAUUCAGUCUCACCGAGGUGACCAGAUUGGCUCCUAUUUUGGUAGUGUGCUGUGUUCCGUCGAUGUGGAUAAAGACACCAUUACAGAUGUGCUCUUGGUAGGUGCGCCAAUGUUCAUGAAUGACCUAAAGAAAGAGGAGGGAAGAGUCUACCUGUAUACCAUCACAGAGGGCGUUUUGAAUUCACACCUAUUUCUAGACGGCCCCGAGGGUGUUGAAAAUGCUCGGUUUGGUUCGGCGAUUGCAGCUCUUUCUGACAUCAACAUGGAUGGCUUUAAUGACGUGAUCGUUGGCUCACCUCUGGAAAAUCAGAACGCCGGAGCAGUGUACAUCUACAAUGGUCGUAAGGGCACCAUUCGCAUGAGGUAUUCCCAGAAAAUCUUGGGAUCUGAUGGAGCCUUUAGGAGCCAUCUCCAGUACUUCGGGAGAUCCCUGGAUGGCUAUGGAGAUUUAAAUGGGGAUUCCAUCACCGAUGUGUCCAUUGGUGCCUUUGGACAGGUCGUUCAGCUCUGGUCACAGAGUAUUGCUGAUGUAUCUGUAGAUGCUUCAUUCACACCUGAAAAAAUCACUUUGCUCAACAAGAAUGCUGAGAUAAACCUCAAACUCUGCUUCAGUGCAAAGUUUAGACCCACUAAACAAAACAGCCAAGUGGCCAUUGUAUAUAACAUCACACUUGAUGCAGACCAGUAUUCAUCCAGAGUAACCUCCAGGGGGUUAUUUAAAGAAAAUAAUGAAAGGUAUUUGCAGAAGACCAUGGUCGUAAAUCAAGCACAGACUUGCUCUGAGUACAUCAUCCACAUACAGAAGCCCUCUGAUGUUGUCAACUCUUUGUAUCUGUGUGUGAACAUCAGUCUGGAAAACCCUGGCACCAGCCCUGCCCUUGAAGCCUACUCUGAGACAGCCAAAGCCUUCAGUAUUCCUUUCUAUAAAGACUGUGGAGAUGAUGGAGUUUGUAUCUCUGAUCUAGUUCUAGAUGUUCAACAGCUGCCAGCCGCUCAACAGCAGCCCUUCAUUGUCAGCAACCAAAACAAAAGGUUAACGUUUUCAGUAAAACUGAAAAACCAAAAGGAAAGUGCAUACAACACUAGAGUUGUUGUUGAUUUUUCUGAAAACCUGUUUUUUGCUUCCUGGUCCAUGCCGGUUGAUGGGACAGAAGUGACAUGCCAGAUUGCUUCGUCUCAGAAGUCUGUUACCUGCGACGUAGGUUACCCUGCUUUAAAGAGGGAGCAACAGGUGACUUUUACUAUUAACUUCGACUUCAAUCUUCAGAACCUUCAGAAUCAGGCAUCUGUCAGUUUCAAUGCCUCAAGUGAAAGCCGGGAAGAAAACCAGGCAGAUAAUUCAGUCAAUUUCCAACUUUCUCUGUUGUAUGAUGCGGAAAUUCACAUAACAAGAUCUACCAAUGUAAAUUUUUAUGAAGUCUCUUCAGAUGGAAAUGUUCCUUCUGUCGUGCACAAUUUUGAAGAUAUCGGUCCAAAAUUCAUCUUCUCCAUUAAGGUAACAACAGGAAGUGUUCCAGUAAGCAUGGCAUCCGUAGUCAUCCGCAUCCCUCAAUACACCAAAGACAAGAACCCGCUGAUGUACCUGACCGGCGUGCACACAGACCAGGCCGGUGACAUCAGCUGCAAUGCCGAAAUAAAUCCACUGAAAAUAGGACAGACACCUUCUCCUGUAUCUUUCAAGAGUGAAAAUUUCCGGCACAUAAAAGACUUGACCUGCAGGACCGCUUCAUGUAGUAAUGUCACCUGCUGGCUCAAAGACCUCCAGGUGAAGGGCGAGUACUUCCUCAAUGUGUCCACCAGGGUCUGGAACGGGACCUUCGCAGCAUCGACAUUCCAGACAGUACAGUUGACAGCAGCUGCAGAAAUCGACACCUAUAACCCUCAGAUCUAUGUGAUCGAAGAAAACACCGUCACGAUCCCCAUUACGAUAAUGAAACCUCAUGAGAAAGCCGAAGUACCAACCGGAGUUAUAGUAGGAAGUGUAAUCGCUGGAAUCCUUUUGCUAUUAGCUCUGGUUGCAAUUUUAUGGAAGCUUGGAUUCUUCAAAAGAAAAUAUGAAAAAAUGACCAAAAAUCCAGAUGAAAUAGAUGAGACCACAGAACUCAACAGCUGAAUCACCCAGCAGUUCCCACUGCCUUGGGAAGAGGAAGCGUCACAGCCAGGGUUUGCUAUUUGCAUGAAAGGAUUUUUUUUUAAAUCCCAGUGUAAUUUUAUAAUGUGAUAGGUACACUAUCCUGAUAUUUUAAGAAAACUGCAGGUCGGUUUGUAAAGAAAUCGUGGGAGGUUUGAGAGGGUUAGGAGUAUAAAGGGUAAAAGACUUAUUUUAUAUGGGGGAAAAGUGGUCUUUACGCUGGCUGGUUCAGUUUGUAAUGUGUAUUGUGUCAGAAACAUGAAAUGCUUCCAAACAGUAGACGUCUUAAAGAAAAAUAUAAUAACCCUUAUCUGGGGGUGGGGGGGACCCAAUCAUUUAAAAUGAUUGUUUUUAAACAACAACAAAAAUGGAAGAGUACUUGGUAUAGGUGUGUAAUUAGCUUGGAUAUUGAUGCUGAUGGGAAACUAACACAGGCCUUCAACUUAUGCUGCUCAUCAAAAGUUGCCACAGAGGAUAUUUUCAGUGAUAAUUUUGUUUAUAAACUAGGUAAAAUUUGCUUUGUCAGCCCACAGCUGCCUCCUCCAAGUCCCUUUCUUGCAAUGAUGGACUUAUCAAAACAUGCUUGACCGCCCGCUAGGAGCCUCCCGUGUGCCUACUGCAGGGGAAACUGCCAUUCAGGUGGCGGGGUCGGGGGUGUCUAGAGGCCAAAGCACAAACUUCUGUUUAAAAUGUGUAACCUCAUUUCUCUCUGCUGGAGGUCCCACCUGGAAGGGAGAGGAAAUUUCCUUUCUCCUUUAGGGUUUAUGGCUGGCUGGCAGGCAGGCAGGGACCUUGUGAAUUGCUAAAAGGUGAGUAAUUUCUUUGGAAACCUUCCUCCUUCCACACUGAACCUCUCCCCCACCUCCUGGCACCCCAUAUUCUCGAAGGCCACUGCUGCCCGCCUUCCUCUGUAGGACGCCGGAGUUACCCACCCUCUCCCAUUCCCGGGGCAGCAAUUCUUCACCAGGUGUGAAGAGGAAGUCAUCUGUUUAACUUCCAUACUUGGAGUGAAUUCCCGUACAAUCCCCUUAACUUCAGGGAGCUAUUUUCAUUUGUUGCUAAACAUGUAAAGAAAAAUAAGCAAGUGAAUUUCUAACUUUUGGGAUUUCAGGCAGCAUAAACAAGGUAAAGUAUAAACAUCUCAGGAAUUUGCAAGAAGCUACAAGGAGACAUUAGAAACCACCAAGUCAGCAUGUGCACCAGCUGUGCUUGUCUGUUUCUGGAGGACUUAAACUUCCAGAAGGACUUUCACCCGGGAGUUUGCUCCCCAGGCAGCGUCUUAGUCCCCAGUGCCUGAGAGUCUAAGGGUCAGACUGGGAUGAGGCCCGGUGAUCUGUAUUGUAACAAGCAUCCUGGUCCUUAGGAUGUAAAUGGGCCUUCAUGAGCAACACCACCCACUUCUGCACCUUCUUUUCUCUGGUUCUGAGCCCACAUGUGCUCUAGGAGGGACUGGGAGAGGGGGCACCAGUGAAGGUCGGGGGACUAUUUUAUGUCAGAAUAUACAUACCUAAAGCUUCAGACAAGUCACUCAGCCUCUGUAAACUUCAGUGUCCUCGUUAUGAAAUGGGAGACUGGGUUGGAGCUCAGCAGCGACGCUUUUAAAUUUAAAAAUCUACUAUCUGGGUUUCUUGUAAUGCAAAUAGACAAUCCUCCAAGAAUCUGACUCUGAAAGGAAGUCAGAGGAAAACAGGUAUUUGCCCACGUGUGCCUGGCCUCUGUAAUGGCAGUCAUGGGCUGUCUGCACAGUUUCAUUACUUUGUAUUUGACGAAACAAAGGAAAAGCAAACAAUUAGCCAUAAAGCGCCUGGAGUUUGUAGCAAGAACAGCAUGUUAUUCUCUAGUUACAGGUGCUAGAAACCAAUCUUAUAACAGCUGUGUGGACUCAAACACUGUCUCAGUCCAAUAAAAUUUUCGUUUAAAAAAGAGUGGAGGAGAAAUUGGCAUUAAGCUGAUAAAGACUAUUUAAUAAACUGGGUAACUGCUGUAUAUAUGUGCUAGUUCUUCAAUGUAAUAUACUGAGAAUUACAGGAUGUCAUCCUUUUACUUUACUCUGCCUCACUUCCUCAGAUAAACACUAAGCUGAGGUCACAUACACACAGAGCUCUGGCAAGACCUGCCUUAGACAAUCUGCCUUGAUGGCGGUUUCCCUUUUUUUUCCCCCUAAAAAGUCACGACUUGUCUCUGCACUGUUUAUCCCACUGGGGCAGGGCUUCUCAACCGUGACACUCCUGACACUGGGUGCCAGGUAAUUCAUUCUUGUGGGUGCUGUCCUGUGCAUGGCAGGAUGUUUAAAAGCAUCCCUGGCCUCUACCUACCAGUACCAGCAGCAGCCUCUCCCCCUAGUUGCCUCCAGACAUUGUGGAGCGCCUCCUGGGAGGCAAUAUCACCCCGAUUGAGCAAGUUGCCUAAAUAUACAACUUCUGUUAACAGGUCACAGAUUUGAGGCAGAGGCUCUAGAGAGGAAUUAUUUCUCAAACACUUUUAAACAAAGGUUGAAUAUUCAUCCAAAAAAUUAAAAAACUGUUUGAAAAAAACAGCUAUGUAUUCUUAUUCAGUCAUACUUUUGUUUUAAAAGUUAAGUAGAAUAUGGGGCUUAAAAGAUGCUGUCUUAAAAUUUCCAUUUCAUAAAUGGUGUAUAGACAAUAUAUACAAAAUGUGAUAAAAAUUGAGGUGCUAUAUGCAUGGCUGCCACACAAGCCUUAUAAAAUAGUAACAUGGUAAAAUAGUCUGUGAAGAAAUUGCAUUAUUUGAAAUUGUGCAUCAUUCAUUUUUGCAGCAAAGAGCUGGCCAGAAAUUUUUCCUAGCUGGCUGUUACUUUCAUAAAGUAGUCAAAGUUAUCUAUUAACUGUGAAAAGAAAACUAAAACCAAUUUAUCAUAAUCACACAAGUGAUUAUACUAAAAGUUAUUAUAAAAGGUGUAAUUUUAUAAUGUAUUUAACUAUUGAUACACAGCUAUAACUUAAUAUAUGAAAAUCUCAUAAAUUAAGACAUUAAACAGGAUUCCUCAAACUGAGCUCCCUGGUCCACCUUUAAUACUUCAAUUUGCACACACAAAAUAAUCACAUACAUAACCUUCCAGGACUAUGCCCUUCAUUAACACAUACUCAUUUUAAUCAAUUCAAAAGACUAAACAUCUAGAGGUAAAAGGUAUUUACAUGGGGGUAAAGUUUGAAAUAAAUAAGAAUGUUAACUACUACUUUGAACUUUAAUGAAAAUGUAGCCAUUAUGUAAAUAUAAAAAGAUGGUUUCAUAUGUACCUGAAAUAUUUUGGCAGAUAAAAGUCAAAAUAUAAAUGUAUAUAUUGCACGACUAUGUUCAAAAUGUGUAUUUUUUAAAGACAGAUUGUCUUGGAUAGUUUCCUUCAUAUGUAAUGUAUAAAUCUUUAAGAUGUGAUAAGUAUAUUUGCUUUUUUUGAUUAACUCAUCUUUUUUUCACACCAAAAAUACUGAAAUGUAUGCAUGUUUGUACAAUGAAGUGUCACAAUUUGAUUUCUAAGAAACAAAAAAAUCAAAUUGGAGCUGUAACCAACAAGAGCUUUUCUCCUAUUCAAGUAUGAAAAUUAUUAUUUAAUUGUAAGCCACUCUUUACCAUGCCACAUUACUAAAUAUCAUUAAAUCAUCUUGAAAGUAAA